GCGAGAUCAACAGGCGUUGUUCGCCGCCCUUCUCCUGGCUUGACGCCGAUACGCUGCUGAAGAAUUCUCGAGUUGGCGCAAAGUGGAACGUUAGUAGACAGUGUUUCGCCUCGUGAUUUUCGCUCGAUACGGGUGUGUUUAUAUCAGAAUGACACGGUCCACGCUCGAUAUGAUCACUUGUUGUCUAACCGAAGAGGAGAAAACCAAGCGAUCUAUCAACAAAGCAAUCGAGGAGCAGCUUCGGCGAUACAAAAAGCAGGACUACAACGAGUUGAAGCUAUUACUGCUCGGGACCGGCGAAAGUGGGAAAUCGACCUUCAUCAAACAGAUGAGGAUCAUCCAUGGCAGAGGAUACACCGAGAAAGAUCGAGCACAAUUCGCUCGAAUCGUCUAUCAGAACAUAUUUAUGGCGAUGCAGUCGCUCAUCGAUGCGAUGAAGCUCCUCGGCAUCCAAUACGCUGCACGGGAAAGACUCGCCGAUGCCAACUUGAUAAGCGCGAUAGAGUAUCGAACGGUAUCAACUUUUGGUGAACCCUACGUGCAGGCCCUUAAGAAGUUGUGGGACGACCCCGGGAUCAAAGAGUGCUACGCAAGACGGCGAGAGUUCCAGCUGACCGAUUCGGCAAAAUACUUCCUUUCGAAUGUUGACCGAUUCGCAGCGGAAGACUUUUUGCCGAAUCAAGAGGACGUGCUAAGAGUUCGAGUGCCAACUACGGGUGUCGUCGACUACACAUUCGAAAUAAAUUCCCAUAGGUUUCGAAUGGUGGAUGUGGGUGGCCAGCGGUCUGAGAGACACAGAUGGAUUCAUUGUUUUUCGAAUGUGACUUCUAUCGUAUUCCUUGUCGCUGUUUCCGAAUACGACCAGGUUUUGCUCGAAAAAGACAACGUCAACCGCAUGGAGGAGUCCUUGGCUUUGUUCAAACUCAUCAUUUCAUACAAGUGGUUUCAAAACGCGUCGAUGAUCCUGUUCCUGAACAAAAAGGACCUUCUCGAAGAAAAAAUUGCCAAUUCGCAUCUGGCGGACUAUUUCCCAGAGUACACCGGUCCGAAAGCCGACGCUUAUCAGGCUCGGCAAUUCAUUCUGGACAUGUUCCUCGCCGUCAACGAGGGUGAAUUCGGAAUGAAACCCAGGCAAAUCUACUCACAUUUCACCUGUGCGACUGAUACAAACAAUAUCCGUUUCGUCUUCGAUUCUGUGAAGAACACUUUGAUACAGAAUAAUAUCGACACCAUCAUCCCCGUGUAGUAGACCUGGAAAUCUGCUGAAGAAAAGAAGCCGGAAUACGAUCCGAUCCUCGCCAAGGAAACGUGCUGGAAGCGUUUCCGUCAUUCGAAGAGAGGGUCGCCGUGAGGCCGGUUCAGGCUCCUUUCCUCGAAACUUGGAGAGCGGCGAGGACUAAGGAAUCUCCUGAUACAUUCCCAUCUCUGGAAUCCCCGAACCGGAGCUUUAUCGUUCCGACAUUAUUGUGUGCAUAACUAUGUGUAAAUAUCCGCUAGGCCAUUGGAACUCGGAGUACAUCUUCGAGUUCCCCUCUAUGGAAUGGAAAGGCGCUCCGCGGAGGUAGCGAGCUAGUUCUGCGAUUCCUGCUUGGAAAACUUGAGAAAAAUUCGUU